CAGCAGCCCAGACCAGCCAGGAUCUCCCAGGGACGCCGAAUCGAUGGAAUGGCUCCAAGUUCUCCUAAUGGGAUCGCGAUAAAGUCGCGCAGUUAACUCUGAUUGUCAGUCCAUUCGCCCGGCAGAGAUUUGUCCGCAGAUUGGACACCUCUGGGAGCUCAGGAUGAAAUGCCAACGCUGGAAUUUCACCUGCCGGGCACCACUGGGCAGCAGGAUCGGUCAGCCGUGACCAGCGCCUUGCUGACCACGUUGGAGUACGGAGUUUACACUGAGGGCGCUAGCAACUAAGGUUGCUCAGAACAGAUAUGAGUAAUUCUUAUGUGACUCUGUCUGAAGUUCUGGCAGCAAGAGGAGGCCCUAUUGAAGACAAUGAAAUCUGGGCCUUAUUAUUACAAGCCUCAGAGGUCCUGCAGAAGAAGGCAGUGGAAGAUGCUCCCUUCAGUUACAUUAUCUGCCCCUGGUCAGUGCUACUGUCAACGAGUGGUGAAGUGUCGUUCAGAAGUAAUGCCUCAGGUGGGGACGUCUGCAUCUUUACCGCCCCAGAAAUACUCCAGGGGAGACGCUUGAGCUCACAGCAUGUGAUAGAAAAGAUGCAUGUGUACUCACUCGGGAUGACUCUGUACUGGGCAGCGGAUUACCAGCUUCCAGAAGCACAGCCAAUCCAGCUUAGUGACCAGCUGAACCAACUCCUUCUGCGAAUGUGUGAGGACCUUCCGAACAAGAGAGUAUCCUUGGAGACCGUUUUACACAUUGGCAAGGCAUAUUGGCAGAGCUCGGGAGGGCCCCCAACAAGUACAUCCCUAAGAAAACUUGUUCAACUAGUAGUAGGAAACACAGCGGAGAGGGAUGAGGGAGAGCAGAGGAACAGCGAUGUGAUUCAGCACGACCAGAGCUCAGUGAUAAGGGAGAGGUUACAUCGCAAGACGUUACCCGAGAUGCCUGUUGUGACUCGCAGAACCAGUAAUCACAAAGGGGAGAACAGAUUUUCUCACAGGACAGAAGCUGGUAUUGACUCGCUCUUGUCAAACAGAUCCUUUAGUCAACCAACGCCACUCAACCUAGGGCCUAUUACACAGAGCUUCAGCCAAGAUCAAAACAGCAGUGCCAAGCCUUUCACUACGGCUCCAGAUGCUAAUGGUAACUCUGGGGCUUCCAAGCCCCUCAUGGGAAUUUCCUCCUACCUCUCGCGAUCUAAGGAAUUUAUCAAUGGCAGACCGCAACAGGCAGUUUUGGGAGACAAAAAGGUUCACAGUUCUUCUGAAGCUUGCAUCACUUCGGCAUUGGAUACCUAUAGAAGAAGCAAGGGCAGGCGAGGUGAAUGGCAGAAAAUAGAGCAUGCAAUCUCAGUGGAAGGGAGUUGGCAUCGUCAAGAAGAGUGGAAAACAGAAAACAGGAAUUCAAUAGCGAGCCAUUACCAACCCAUCACCAACAGGUCCUUAAGUACAUUGAAUACCAACUCCAGUAGGAUCCAGUUGGAGUCUGAACGUAACUACAUCCCGAGUAGAGAAUCGUAUUAUCAUACUGCAUUCCCAAGCGAGGCGAAUAACUUGCCGCAGAGAACUGCUUCUGUGCCCAGUUUGUUGCACCGGAAGGGAAAGCGAUAUUUGGGACCAGAGUUCAUUCGGAUGGCUGGGGACCCUGCAAUGCCAUUGGAUCUGCCAGGCUCCAUUGUGAGCAAGAAAGGGAAGAUGCAUUUAUCACAGCGAGAGCUCAGUGUCAUCAUACCAAAUGGACAAUGUCUGCAAGUCAAAUGUGAUGUAAAGGCAACAGGCAGUGAUGUAUUUGACAUGGUUGUCGCUUACACCAACUUUGUGGAGCAUUUCUAUUUUGGUCUUGCUUAUCUCAAAGAGAAGGAAUUUUUCUUUCUUGACCCUUUUACCAAGCUGCACAAAGUAGCACCAGAUGGUUGGAAGGAUCAGCCCAAGAGAAAAACAGCAAUUGUCAACUUUACUUUAUUCCUGAGAAUCAAGUAUUUUGUCGAGAACUUCAGUAUAAUCCAGCACAGGCUCACCAGACAUCAGUAUUAUCUACAGCUGAGGAGAGACAUUCUGGAAGAGCGUUUGUAUUGCAGUGAUGAGACAGCCCUAUUGCUGGGCUCACUGGCUCUCCAGGCAGAGUUUGGAGAGUAUGUUCCAGAGGUGCAUGGAAAGAACUACUAUCGAGUGGAGCACUACAUUCCCCCAAGUGUGUUGGAAAAGAUGGCUUUGACUUGUGUAAAAGAGGAACUACCUCGCCUACACUCCACUUACUUUGACCUGUCUGAAGAAGAGGCUGAAAUGGAAUAUCUGAAGGUCACCCAGCAGCUCCCAGAGUAUGGUGUUCUCUUCCACCGAGUGGCACGGGAGAAGAAGGUUGCUGGAGAAGACAUUGUGUUGGGAAUCUGUGCCAAAGGGAUCAUCGUUUAUGAGGUGAAGAACAACACGAGAAUUGCCAGCUUACGGUUCCAGUGGCGGGAAAUGGAGCGGAUCACUUUCAGUAGAAAGAAGUUUACAGUUCAAAGCAGUUCAGAUGGUAAGAAGCAUGUCUUCAUCACAGAAAACAGCAAGACCUGCAAGUAUCUAAUUGAGUUGUGCUCAGCUCAGCACAGGUUCCAGGUACAGAUGAACUCCCGCCAGCUCAGUCAAGCUGCUUUUGCAAACGAGGAGCAUGUUUUUACAUCUGUGCUUUCCAACGAGACAAAGUAUACCCAGCGUAGACGUUUCGAGAAGAUGCGCAAUAUUUCCCGAUCAGAAACCAUUCUGAGUCGGCCUGAUGUGGACACUGUGUCUCUCGGAGCACUAAGCAAAUCCUGUGACAAUCUCAUGGCAGACACAGUUCCUUCAAGCACCAGCCACAUGUGGAGCACACAGGGUGCCAUAUCUCACUCUGAAAUUCUCCCUGUCUUGAAGGAAAGAAUGAGAUACCCAGGUUUGCAGAGCACUGCCCUGGGCCAGAGUGGUGCUGUUGAACAUACGGCGAGCCAAAUGGACAACGAGGUGACUUUCCCUGAGAGGGAAAUCAUUUUUGUAAAUCUGAAGAAAGAUCCCAAGUUUGGUUUCGGUUUUAUGAUCAUUGGAGGAGAGAGGACUGGAAAAUUAGACUUGGGGAUCUUUAUCACAGCCAUCACUCCUGGUGGACCAGCAGACAAGGAUGGGCGUAUCAAAGAAGGAGGCCGUCUGAUUUCAGUGAACAGUGAGAGCCUAGAGGGAGUCACUCUCAGAUCUGCUGUGGAGGUUCUUCAGCAUACCACUGAUGAGGUGUCACUGAUCAUAUCUCAGCCAAAAGGUUUGUCUGAGUCUUCACAUCAGGCUACGGCAAUGUUCCAGAGCAAGGUGAACAGUCCGGAAAGCACACAGGACUGCUGCCUCACCAACUCAGCAGUAACAGGCCACGGUCACUGGAUGUCUGGGACGUCUGCAUCAGAAGUGAUUCCUGAGACCAGCGGCCCACCUGCCCAGCUUCAUGGGACGGAAGUGAUGGCUGGUGGUGAGGUGUCAUCAGGGCAACAAGACCUGAAACCAGGAGACAGAUACAGUGUGGAACUGGCUAAGAUAGAUGGAAGCCUUGGAGUUAGUGUCACAGGAGGUGUGAAUACCAGUGUGAAGCAUGGUGGAAUCUAUGUGAAGGCAAUUAUACCUGGAGGAGCUGCAGAUCUGGAUGGUCAUAUCAGGAAAGGCGAUUGUCUGCAGGAGGUGGAUGGGUUCAAUUUACAAGGCAUCACACAUAAGCAAGCUAUUGAGCGCUUGAAGAACACAGGUCAGGUAGUGCAGCUUGUGCUUGAGAGAGGUCAACAGGGAACAUCUGCACCUCCUGGUUAUGGAAGUCAACAGGGAGCCAUUCUCACUGACAGUAGGCACAGCAAACAAGAUGAAUACCAUGAUGACUCCAUAGCAACCACCUCUGCUGUCACACCCAAGGACUACAGCUUCGAGACAGAUGAUAAUACGUUUGAGGUGAAGAUGAAGAAAAAUUCUGGGGGUUUAGGAUUCAGCUUCCUGCAGAUGUACACAGAAGCAGACUACCCCAGAGAGAGCUUGGUGAGAAUUAAGAGGUUGUUUCCAGGGCAACCAGCUGGAGAGACCGGUCAGAUUGAAGUUGGAGAUGUCAUCCUGGCUGUCAAUGGAGUUGCAGUCAAGGGCCUGUCAUAUCAGGAAGUGCUUCAUCUUCUCCGCGGAGCUCCCCCAGAUGUCACGAUGAGGCUGUGCAGACCUGCGCCAGGAAUUCUGCCUGAAAUAGAUCCCCAAAACCUGACUCCAAUUUCGUCACCUGUGAAAGAAAUGUCUGUGUUGAAAGUGCCCAACUUGCCACUGCAAGAGCUGCUUCAGGAGGACAGACCACACCAGGGAGCAGAGUGUGGAGAAGGUCCCCAGAGUUUCACUCAGUCCCCAUAUUCCAGCGAUCACGAGUGCAGAUUGGACACAGUGGAGGAAGCCGUGGAACAGGAAGAGCACUUCCAAGAUGUUCCACUUGACGCAACAAAUUUGGAAUUAGUUACUGCUCUGGCUGAAGAUCUGAGGCAGAACUGCUACUCAUCCUGUGACCUACCUAUUGUACUGCCAGGGACACAGAGCUUCCAAUACAGCGUGACUGGUGAAAGAGAUCCCAGGUUGCCAGACUAUUUCUGCAAGCCUGAAGUAUCGUCGCCUACACCAGUAGAUGAAGAGUACCUGACCAUUAGUUCGACCUCAGCCUCCUCAUUAUGUGACAGUCCAGACAGCCAAUCACCCAAUGCCUCUAUCCCAAAACUUCGUGUCUUGGUGCCUUCCACUGAGAUAUCAGGAGUAACAGAGAAAGACACGAGUGAUAAAGUGGAGUGGGAAGACGUCGAGGAGUUAGAUUCUGAAGUGGAAGCAGGAGAGAGGAAUGAAGAUGAUGAUGACGAAGAUCCAAAUUUACCCAUAAUUCGGGAAUAUGAGAUGUACGUAACCCUGAAGAAAAAUAAGAAGGGAAGCUUGGGCUUCACCAUGGUGCGUAGUAAACUGGACAACUGCUAUUACAUCCGUGAGGUGCUGGACAACCCCGCCAAGGCUGACGGCAGACUCAGAGCAGGAGACAGACUCAUAACGGUAAACGGCUUUGACGUCACAAAUAUCUCACAUGAGAAUGCCAUUAACUUGCUACGGGCUGCUCCCAUCAAACUUACCCUGAUGGUAGGGCGAGCGGCCCAGAACCUGCUUCCAGUGCCACCUUUGGAAAAGAUUCCUGACAUCAUCCUGCAGAAAGGCCCAAAUGGACAGUUAGGUUUGAAAUUAACAGGGGGAAUAGGGAGCAAGUGGCAAGGUAUCUAUGUGCUGGAGGUUGUGCCAAAUUCACCCGCCAGUUUGGCAGGCAGCCUGCAACCAAGGGAUAAGAUCCUUUACAUAUGUGACACCUGUACCAUGGGCAUGACUUUGGAUGAUGCAGUGAAAGCUUGUGACACUCCAAAUGGCCAAAUAACCAUCAAGGCCAUGAGGGAUGGGAAGCCAGUGAUAACAGAAGUAUACAUGACCGGAGCUGGAAGCCGUAAGAAGGCUAAAAAUUGCUUGGCAUUAAAAGGCUUUGGUGAGUGGAAACUGAUAUCAAAAGAAGGACAAAACCAGCCUGACCAGGAGAAGCCGCAGGCUCUGGAUGGAAGGCAAUCCAAGGAUUAUGUACGAUCCCAAAAUAGCUCCACUCUGCCUGCAGAAUCUGAGCAGAGUUCUGUAAUCCACAUUGAUUUGGAAAAACCUACAAAUGGCGGUUUGGGCUUUGCACUUGUGGGUGGUGACAAUGGAACUGCUGUGCUGGUGAAGGCCAUUAGCUCCAACAGUGUGGCAGGUCUGGACGGAAGGCUCAAAGUCCGUGACCAGCUUUUACAGGUAAAUGGAGAGGAUCUGUCUGGUCUGAACCACGGGCAAGUUGUUGAGAUUCUGCGGAGAGCCCAGGGUGUAGUGAUGUUGAUCAUCCGCAGAAAGCCACCUCUGCACUUGGACAGUACGCAAUGUACCACGAAGACUCCUUCCAAAAAUAAAUUAUUAUAUCCUGAGAUACAGUGCCAGCAGAGAAAUCCACAAGGACUUGAGAACGAGACCCCAAGAGGAUGCCCUGGAGAUUCCAGUGAGAAUAAUGGUGUCCAUCCAUCAGAAAAACAGAAUCACAAGGACAACUUCCAAUACAGUGACGGCUGCAUAGCGAAUUGCAGCAGAAGGCACUCAGGAGGCGAGUUCCGUGUUAGUACAUAUGAGGAACAGUGUGGGGAUAAAGACGAGCGCUGUGAUUCAGAUUGCUGGAGUAAUGAUGAAGAGCUGCCUCUCUCCUCUUGCAGAGUGCCUGCACCCCCUACAGGCAAACCCAUUGUGUCUGAGGUUGAGCUGAUGAGUUUGCCCUUGUGGAAAGGGCCAGUGGAGAACAAGUACUCAGGAGAGAGGCUGGAAACAAUCAUUGCAAAUCUACAGCAGCAGGUCGAACUGCAGCAGCCUCUGAAAGAAUUCAUGAUGCUCAGACAUUUGAAACCUGUUGAUGACUGUACAGUGGGAAAAGCUCCAGAAAACAGGGAAAAAAACAGAUACAGGGACAUCCUACCAUAUGACAAAACUCGCGUUCCCAUCGGAGACAAUGGCUAUAUCAACGCAAGUUACAUCAGGAUGCCAAUUGGCACUGAGGAGUAUUGGUACAUUGCCUGCCAAGGACCACUGCCCGGCACCACAAGUGACUUCUGGCAAAUGAUCUGGGAAACCAAGGCUGAUGUCAUUGCCAUGAUGACACAUCAGCAUGAGCUGGGAAAGGUCAAGUGUCAUGGCUACUGGCCUGACAAAAUGUACAAGCCAAUGAAAGUCAACAGGUAUCUCCUUAUGCUGGAAAAUCACCAGGAGCUGGAUUAUUUUGAAAUAAGCAUCAUAAAGAUGGCAGAGAUUGAGACUGGAGAAAUACACCAUGUCAAGCAUCUGAAAUUUAUUAGCUGGCCUGACCAUGGCGUCCCAAGCUCAUCGGAGCAGCUUGUGCGCUUUAUUCUGUACAUGUCGAAUGUCCACCGUAGAGGGCCACUAGUCGUACACUGCAGUGCUGGCAUCGGGAGAAGUGGGGUCCUGAUCUGCACCCACGUACUCCUGAGCCUGAUUAACAAGGAACUCAGUUUUAACAUUAUGGAUGUAGUGAGGGAAAUGAGAAGACAACGGCAUGGGAUGGUCCAGACCAAGGAUCAAUACUUAUUCUGUUACAAAAUUGUCCUAGAAAUUUUAAUAAAUAUUCUGCAGCUGAACCAACAAGAGGAGGUGUUGUAACAGAGGAAUCCAGUGGAGCUGAGUUCACAGUCUAGCAUAUGGUUCCUUGUAAGCAAGCAAUUAGACCUCUAUUCAUUUGCAACUGGAAGAAAAAUGGUGCACAUCCAAGGCAGAAACUAAGAAGUAACUGUGCUUCCUACUUUUACUAAUUAUAACUAUAAUUAUAAUUGUGUGCUUCGAAUAACUGACAAGUCCAUCCAAUGAUCUUUGUCCUGGGGACUUGUAUUUUUUAACUACUCAUAAUUGUAAUCAUGAUAUAGCAAGUAAGUGUCUGGGAGGUCAGUUGUUCGAUGUUACUCACUGAAUAGAAGCUACAGUAAUUUCUACCAGUGACUGGAAAAUAGUUAAAUAUGAAUUAUGUGCAUAAAAUCAUCUCAGCCUCUUUCUCAACUGUGGUUACCAAGUCUGAUUGACAAUUUCCACUCUGCUUGGGAAAAAAUAUCAUUACACACAGUUUAAAAAUAAUAUUAACCAUACCAAUGCGACUCAAGCAACACCAACUCAUAACAAAGAUAGUCAUAAACUAUGGAGAUUUUUUAGAGAUGAUCUUAAUGUACUCUUAACAGCAUUGAGUGACAUUAGUACAGUAGGGCAGUAUUAUUUCUGGAAUAACACCCUGAAUAAAUAUGUUUUUUCUCCAACUAUAUAGAUACGGUGUAAUAGUUGGCACCUCCAAUUUUUGAAUUUACUCCCUGUUUAGAAAAUAGCCUAUGCAUUUAUUCCUUCUGCCAAAGUUCAUGAACAUACAUUUCCCUACACUGGAUUCCAUCUGCCAAUUCUCCUAAUCUGGCUAAGUCCUUCUGCAGACUCCCUGCUUCCUUAACACCACCUGCACCCACCCACCCAACUAUUUUCAUAUAAUCUGCAAACUUGGCCACAAAGCCAUCAAUUCCAUUAUCCAAAUCAUUGAUAUAUAAUGUGAAAAGAAGUGCUUCCAAUAUCGACCCCUGCAGAACACCACUAGGAACUAGCAGCCAACUAGAAUAGACCCUUUAGUGCCAUUCUUUGCCUCAUGCAAGUCAGUCAAUCUUCUCUCAAUGCUAGUAUCUUUCCUGCAAUACCAUGGGCUCUUACCUCAUUAAACAGCCUCAUGUUUGGCACCUUGUCAAAGGCCUUCUGAAAAUCCAAGUAAACAGCAUUCACUGACUCUCUUUUGUCUAUCCCGCCUGUUGUUUCCUCAAAGAAUUCCAACAGAUUUGUCAGGCAAGAUGUCCCUUUAAGGAAACCAUGUGGACUUUGGCCUAUUUUAUCAUUUGAUCCAAGCACCCCAAAACUUCAUCCUUAAUAAUGGACUCCAACAUCUUCCCAACCACUGACAUCAGGCUAACUGUACUAUAAUUUCAUUUCUUCUGCAUCCCUUCCUUCUUAAAGAGUGGAGAGGCAUUUGCAAUUUUCCAUUCUUCCAGAACCAAUCCAGUCGCCAGUGAUUCUGGAAAGAUCAUUACUAAUGCCUCCCCAUCUCUGCAGCUAUCUCUUUCAGAACCCUGGGGUGUAUUUAAUCUUGCCCAGGUGACUAAUUUACCUUCAGACCUUUCAGUUUCCCAGGCACCUUCUCCUUGGUAAUAGCAACUAAACUCACUUCUGCCACCUGGCACUCUCAAGUUUCUGGCAUUCUGCUAGUAUCCUCUUACUCUUCUUCCCAAACCAAUAUCCUCCAGUUUUGGCUAUCAUUAUAUGGGAAUGUUUCUCACUAUCCACCCUAACUAUGUGCCUCACAAUUUUGUAUUUCUUUAUCAGGUUUUCCCUACUCCCCUCAACCUAGUCUACUUCAAGGAAAACAAACCCAGCCGAUCCAGUCUCACCAUAAACUGAAGUGUUCAUGCCAGGCAACCUCCUGGUAAAUCUACACUUCACCAUCUCCAGCGCAUUCACCUCCAUCGUCCAUGGAUACUUUUUGAGUCCAACAUUCUUGGUCAGUAUAAUAUUCCCACCAUUAAAAUAAAUAAAUGCUUAGUUCUCUUCAGUCAUCUCAAAUAGGUAAAGAUCCCAAGCGGAAAGUCAUCAAUAUAUGAAUGAAGUGCUCAGAACAAUAAAGUAAUUAAGGAUGAGCUGGAGCUUGUCACACACAUUUCAAUACUUAGUAUCACUAUCCAUAUUCCUCUCAAGAGCACCAAUGAUCUACUAGAAACGUCAAAAGUAGCAAGACAAAAAGAGCAAGGAAUAAAUUGAGGAAAAUUAACACUGAGGGAGGAAAAUAUUCUUUGAUAUUUCCCUUAGUCAAUGUCAACAGCCAGAACUAGUCGGAGAUGUCUCAUGGAGAGGUUCUAUUAAUAAAUAUACUUAACUUCUAUCAGAUAGGAAUUCAGUCAAGAGCUGGCCCAGAUCCCCCUUGAGAAUAGAUUAAAUAGAAAAAACACACCAGAUGAUAACGCAUUCCAGAGAUUCUCUGCUUUGUUGACUGUUUUGUUAGAAUGAGUCUUAGUCAAAGUUGUUACUCAAGUCUACUUUUCAGAGAGAAUGCUAAAACUUGCCUUUUGUUUCCCCUUUUCCCAAUCCUUGUUGACCUAUCAGAAUCCACCAGUUGACUGAGUAGUCAGAGUCAAAUACCAUAGAAGAGUACAGCUCAAACAGGCCCUUCAGCCCACAAUGUUGUGCCAACCUUUUAACCUACUGCACCUAAAUGACACAUAACCCUCCAUUUUGCUUUCAGCCAUCUGUCUCUCUACGAAUCUCUUAAAUGUCCCUAAUGUCUCUGCCUCUACCACCACCCCCUGGCAGUGUAUUCCAGGCACCAUUCUAUGUAAAAAAAAACAAACCUACCUCUGGCAUCUCCCCUAGACUUUCAGCUUAAAAUGUCCUCUGGUUUUAGCCAUUGCCACCCUAGACAAAAGGCAUUGGCUCUCCACUUCUAUCACUUAUUCAACUCUAUAAAGUCACCUCUCAUUCCCAAAGAGAAAGGCCCUAGCUUGCUCAACUCUUCAAGGUGUCACAGAGAUACAGCAAGAAAACAGGUCCUUCAACCCACUAACACACUGUACCAACCAUCAAAUACCCAUUGACAUUAAUCCUGCACUAAUCCCAUUUUGUUUUAUUUUCCACACAUUGUCAUCAAUCCCUCAGAUUCUGCCACUCACCUACACAUCAGUGGUCAGAUAACCUACAAACCUGCACAUCUUUGAAAGGAAACUGGAGCAUCCAGAAGAAAGUCGUGUAGCCAGAGAGAGAAUGUGCAAAGUCUAUGCAAACACCAGCGUUCAGGAUUUAACCUGGUCUCUGGCAGCGCCAGGCAGCAGCACUCUAACUCCACCGCUCUGUUGCUCAAAAUGUAGUUUGGCCUUCUUCAGAACAUGACAUUCCGAAAUCAGCAUGUUUAUAUACGUUAAUCGAAAACAGAAUAUUCAUAGGCUCUGGGGCUUGACCUAAACAAAUAACUCAACUGCAUGUUGCUGAUUAGAGUAAAAUUACCUGUCACAUUAAUACACCUUUGCUGAUGCUCAGGAAGUCAAUACAGUCCACUGUUUCACAUCCGCAACUGUUGAGAUAAAGAACUGAAUAAUUUUGUAUACUUGUAGUUUAAUUUAAUAUAUUGUCACCCAUGACAUGAUCAAUUUCAUUCUUUAGCGAACACCUGUAAAAUUCCUUAUGGAUUUGUUGAAUGUGGAGUAGACGCUUAUUUUACAUGUCAUGAAUUUACAACGUAGAUAUCACUUUAUGGACAAUAAAAUUUCUGUUACAGCAAUAACACAUUGAAUUCCUAGUCCCCAAUGCAACCAUCUUGUGA